CUUCUCCAUCGUCGUCCGCCGUGUUCUUAAACCACAAAGGGUAAAACCUUCGCUCCGGUGAGUAUACUCUUUUCUCUCGGAGCUCGCCACAGCAGCACGCAUAUGGCUGCAGCAUUGAAACAGAGGCUUGGCACUGCUCUUGCUGGUCAGGCCUGGCAGUCACUGAACGGAAAUGUUGGUCUACGAUCUUUUGCAACAAAAACUGGUGGAGCUUCAAAGGCUGGAACCAGAGCGAGUGCUCCUGCUGUUAAAAAGAUAAAGGAAGGGCAUAGAGCUCUGACUCUUAAUGUGGGCAAGACAGCUGGAAGAAACUCAGCAGGGCGUAUUACCUCGUACCACCGAGGAGGUGGAGCAAAGCGACUACAUAGAAGAAUCGACACAAAAAGGGAGACUGCAUCGAUUGGUGUUGUUGAAAGGAUAGAGUACGAUCCAAACAGGUCUUCACGUAUUGCCCUGGUAAGAUGGGUUGAGGGCGGCCAGCAUUCUCCCCUCAAGUUCAAGGAGAAUAACAAACAGUUUCCUCGCCAACAUGAGACAAUCGAACCGGUCACGACUACCACACAAGCCAAGUACACGCUCGCUUCCAUGGCGAGGAAUGUGGAUCAGAGAACGGUAGCUUACUACUCACCUGUAAUGCCUACUUCUUUGGUGGUGGGCGGCCUUCCUAUGGGGAAGCCCGUCACGCAGGAAACAUUGAUCCAGAGAACUAGUGUCAGAGACAUCUUUUUGACGGCAUUCUCUAGAAAUUGUCAAGGGAAGAGUGCACCUGCUACUCCACGGGUCGCAAUAGUUGGAGCACAACCGAAGUUCUAUGCCCCUCAAUUGAGAGGAGAAGGUGAGGGGAAGACUGUAUAUUCCCUGGCUGAGGUCAGGAAGUAUAACAAGCAGAGCAGCGUCUGGGACAAUAGAAACAAACGCAAAGCAGCAGUCUCUUGGCAAAGUUGUGCUCUAUGAUAUAUGCCUGCUGAUAUAAGUUGCUGACGGUUGAGUAAUUGAGUUAGUACUUCCGUUUGUUUUUGGCUCCGUUUGGUUUGUUAUUUGCAUUUGUAUUGUAUCAAUUGCGAAAUGGUUCAACUUUUAAGGCAUUCAGACCUUCAUAUUUGAGUUAUUUGCUGGUUAUUUGGCCUGGAUAAUGUGAUCAGAGAUGGGGCAGAGUUGCCUUUGGCCUGGUUAUUUGCUGGUUCAUUUGGCAUGUAAAAUUUGUACAGCACAAUGGUAACAUUCUCGGCGCUAACUGGAGGC